CCGUUAUGGCCGUCAGGAGUCGCUAAGUCGCGAACGCACAGCCCUCUUUUAUAUCCGUCCGCCCCGUCCAGGCGCCUACAGGCUGCUCAUCUACGCCAAACUACAGCAACAUGCACAGACCUCGGCCUCUUCUGCCUCCAGCUCGUUGAACGACUCGCCUCGGGCGCUCUCGCUGACUGGCCUCUCGGACGUGGCCAGUGCUCAUGGCGGCGGCGGAGGUGGAGCUGCUGCCAAUGGCAGCUUGACCACCUCUGGGGUCGGAAGCGGACCAUACAGCGCGGUCUGCGAGUACCGUCUUAUGGCGCGUUUCACACGCAAUCAAUCUCUGCCUCCCUUUCCUCCAUGCCAUAACGCCAGCUACGGACCCAACGAGGUGAGCACCGGCCGAUUCCAGCUGAACCCCGCCAAUUUGUGGGGACAUCCUAAAAUGGUCACACGUCUGUCUGCAUGUCCAUAUGUAUAUAUGUAUGUAUGCAUGUAUCUAUGUAUGUAUGUCUGUCUGUCUAAGAGGUGUAUUCACUUUAUUCCGUCUAAGCUGAUGUAUUCACCCCAUUUCGUUUAA